AGUUUAUAAAUCAUUAUGAUGUAUGCGUGGCUAGUUGUUACAGUGGUUGCCUCGAGCGCAACGUGCACACUAUCUCAGGCCACAAAACAAAACGCCCCGACACAUGUGCCGAGACGUUGUUUCCUUGAUAAGGCUCCUGGAAGAUGUAAUGAUUAUCAAAGAAAUUACUAUUUCAACUUGACUGCCGGACAUUGCCAACCAUUUGUUUACGGCGGCUGCGCCGGAAAUUGGAACAGAUUUACCUCCCUUUCCGAAUGUCAAAGAACAUGCACAUGCGCAAUACCUCCAGAAACUGGACCAUGUAGAGGUCAUAUUAGGAGAUGGUUUUACAGUCCCGAAGACGGUUGUUGCAGACCCUUUAUAUACGGUGGGUGUGGUGGAAACAGAAACAGGUAUGCAACAUGGACUGAAUGCAGUGAAAAUUGUGGCUAUCCAACUGCUGAUAGUAGCUGGUGGACAUGGGGUGCCCAGUGGGGAAAUGGGUCGUCUGGGCAAUCAACAGGACAAACAUCUGGAUCGAAUUCGUCUGUUACAGGUUACACGAGAAAUGAUUUCAUGCGGGACUGGAUGUUAUGGAGUUUACUAUCUGGAGGUGAAGGUUUUGAGAUGGAAGAUAUUGCAACUGUGAUUGGUCAAGCACAUAUACUUGGUUUAGGAAAUUCAAUGGCAGGAGCUGGAAGUGCAGGAACUGGUUUUGGACUUGGAUCUCAAAUGUUCGGCCAAGAAGGUGCCAACGGGUUUGGUGCAGCUUUAGGCGGAAGUGCAAUGCAAGGCUCAGGGUUUGGUAAUUUAGGACCAGCAUAUCAAACCCGACCUGGAUCAUUCACACCACUUGGACACGUAGGCUCAGAAGCUAAUCUAAUGAAUGGUGAGUUCAGUGAAAGCAUGGCGAGCGCCAAUGCCGCGUGGAAUCAACUGGAAGCAGCUGGUUUAGUAGGUGGCACACAACGUUCGGGAAUUCAAAGCCAGGGCUCGAUGGGUCAGAAUGCAAACAGUAAUUCAAACUGGGGUUUUGACGGUCAAAAUAUAAAUGCAGGACUUGGGCAAAGGUGGGGAGAGGCAUCUGGCUCAGGAAUGUUUGGAUCCAUGCAGGGUGGCAUGUCAGGAUUCGGGAAUGUAGGAACAUCUGGAGCAAGAAACCCUGACAUUUCAAAUUCUAUUGCAGCUGAAAUGUCCGGACAAGGUAGUUGGGGUUCACACGGUAUUGGCCAAUUUAAUCCAAGAAAUGGUGGAUUUUCGGGACGGGGUGAGGCAAGUUGGGUGCACGGAGAAGGACAGUGGAACAGAGGUGCGUCACCUUCUAAAAAUAUUUUUGAUAUUGGAUGGGGUGCCUUAGGACAUAGGGGAUUCGGACCAGUGAGUUCCAAUCCAAAAGAGGUCGGAAACACAGCAAUAGAAAUUCUGCAUUUGAUAGGCCAAAUUGGGCGAGGUGCUUUAGGACCAUCGGAUUUAAUAAAUUUAGGGACAAGGUACGGAGCUGUAAGUCCAACGGGACAUGUUGAUAUCAAUUUACUAGCUACAAGACUGGUUUCUGAGUUGCAAGGACCACGAGGAGAAAUGAAUAUGGCACGUUUAAAAGGUGUCGCGCAGAGGCUUGGUGCCUUGGAUAGUAAUGGUAAUAUAAAUUUACCACACCUUGUCAGAAGCAUUUCCGGAUCACUCUCCAGUAGAGGACUAGGAAACAAUGGCGUUCCAUCUCUUGAUGAGUUUAAUUGGCUUGGGUCCCAAAAAGGAUCGACAGGCUUAGGAAGCAGCGGGACAGGACAAAGAGGAUCGACAGGAGGUGUGAACAGAGAAGGCGGACCACUUUUAGGCGGGGGAAGAAGUGGGAGUUUAAUGAAGGAAGGUUUUGGAACAAGAGGAAUAGAAGGGAUUUUUCCAUCACAGGGAGGAGGUGUGAGUAGAAGUAGACUGGGUAUGAGGGGAGCCGGAGGCGGUCGAGGUAUAGAAGGAGGAGCUGUAGGUGGUAUAAGUGGGGCUAUACGUGGUUUGAUGGGAAGAGCUAAUAGAGACGGAGCUGGCGGGGCUCAUAGAGGUGGUAUGGGCGGAGGUCUUAACAGUGGUGUGGGCCGAGUUCAUGGAGGUGGAAUGGGCGGUUCAAAUAGAGGCGGGCCUGGUGGAUUUCUUGGAGCUGGUGCAGAUGGAUUAGGAUCUUUUGGCGGUGCGUCAGGCACAGUUGCUGUACAAACGGUUAAUGUUAAAGAAGGAAAUAGACGAAUGGGUUCCUACGGAAAGAAAUAAAUCCGUAUAGUUCAUUUUGAAGAACACUUAUUUAAAAAGUGUACAUAAUUUAUUUAUUGAUUUUUUAUACAAUUAUUAACUAGUGAGCAACUGAAUAUGACGUGAUAUUC